GUUCCAGUACUAAACCAAUUGUUACACUUGUUGCAACCUUAUAAAUAUGUGUGUUAACUAAACCCUUAGAGAAACCAUUACCAAAAAAGGGAAAACUUUGGCAAACCCCAAAUCGUUAAAAAAAAAAAAAAUGAUCAGGAGAAGGUUACUCUCUUCGCUGCUUUCUUCGACCUCGAUUCUCAACCCCAAAACCACCACAAAAUCCAUCUCGUCCACUCCAAUUCCACAAUUUCAGUCUCUACACUGCCCAAAACCCAUCAAUUGCAGCUUUGAUGGGGCGACUUUUUGGCUUGCAGGUGUCAGGGGUUAUAGUCUUUUGAGUCUAAAUGAUUUGAGGGAUAAGGUGCCUAGGAAGUUGAAGACAAGGAAAGGGCGUGGGAUUGGGUCUGGAAAGGGAAAGACUGCUGGCAGAGGUCACAAAGGCCAGAAGGCUCGUGGGACUAUGAAGUUUGGGUUCGAAGGUGGGCAAACGCCAAUGCGCCGCCGCUUGCCAAAACGAGGGUUUAAGAACGCCUUUAGCCUUAAUUUUCAGCCGGUUGGAUUGGGAAAGAUUGCAAAACUGAUCAAUGAAGGGAAGAUAGAUUCACAUGAAUUGAUCACAAUGAAAACCCUCAAGGAUGCUGGGGCCAUAGGAAAGCAAAUAGAAGAUGGAGUAAGACUGAUGGGGCGUGGUGCUCAUGAGAUCAAAUGGCCUAUUCAUCUGGAGGUAUCGAGAGUGACUGUCAGAGCCAAGGAAGCUGUUGAAGCUGCUGGUGGUUCUGUCAGGCGAGUGCAUUACAACAAGUUGGGUUUCCGGGCAUUGCUAAAGCCUGAAUGGUUUGAAAAGAAGGGCAGAUUGUUGCCGAAACCAGCCAGACCUCCACCAAAGCUGAAAGAUAAAGUUGACAGCAUUGGCCGCUUGCCUGCCCCUACCAAACCUCUUCCAUUUUACAUACAAGAACAAGCAGCUACCUCUACUUCUGCUUAGUUCAUCAGGCGACCAUUUUGCAGAGUAAUUUAAGAAUUUCUAUUUUGAUUAUGAACCAAUGUACAAGUAGAUUUUGUUUCAUAUGAAAUUUUAGCUGCAGUUCUUUUUGGCUUACUUCCUUUGAACUGUCUAGAUGCUUUUAGGGUUCUGAGCUAACUGUCUUUGAUGUGGUUCUGAAGAAAUAAUUCAAUUUUCAUUUUUCUUAAUGUACUAUCCAGAUGAUUGCCCUCC